CAGAGUGACAGGAGGGGAGACUAAGUGUGUGUGCAUGUGCAUCUGCGUGUGCGUGUGUGUGUUGAUGUGGGAAUAAGGGAAAGAGGGAGUGUAUCCGUUAGAGAGGGUGUGUGUGUGUGAGAGAGAGGAAGAGAGUACUCUCAGUGCAGUCUGAUCAGCGGUUCUGUCUCCUUCUUGUCCUGCGGAUUACAGCUCCUCUCGUUACUGGAAGCUAACACUGACCCAGCAUAGAGGCUUUUUACUAUCUGGAGUUGCUACAUUCCCACAGGUGUUAGCUGGAUCUUUGCACUUAAUUCUAACUGUUUAAGUAUGGAGCAGAACGGUCGUGCCCUGCCACCGUCAAUACCUGAGGAUAGUGAAGUCCUGGACCAUGUUCCUCAUGGGGAUAUGAAUGGUUACCACCAGAGGCUUCAGGACGGAGGGGAGGCGGAGGUCCCAGUGUCCAAGUCUCAGAGGCGGAAGAGUGAUGUCAAAGUCUAUAAGGAGUUUUGUGAUUUUUACGCUCGCUUCAACAUGGCCAACGCUCUGGCCAACGCCAUGUGCGAGCGCUGUAAGAGCGGCUUUGCCCCGGCAGAGAAGAUCGUGAACAGUAACGGGGAACUUUACCACGAGCAGUGCUUUGUGUGCGCCCAGUGUUUCCAACAGUUCCCAGAGGGACUCUUCUAUGAGUUUGAAGGCAGGAAAUACUGUGAACAUGACUUCCAGAUGCUCUUCGCUCCCUGCUGCCACCAGUGUGGUGAAUUCAUCAUCGGCCGUGUGAUCAAGGCCAUGAACAACAGCUGGCACCCUGACUGUUUCUGUUGUGACAUCUGCCAGGCCGUGCUGGCCGAUGUGGGUUUCGUAAAGAACGCUGGAAGGCACUUGUGUCGCCCGUGUCACAACAGAGAGAAAGCUCGGGGCCUGGGCAAGUACAUCUGUCAGAAGUGUCAUGCUAUCAUUGAGGAGCAGCCUCUGUUGUUCAAGAAUGACCCCUACCACCCUGAUCACUUCAACUGCAACAACUGCGGUAAGGAGCUGACCGCAGAUGCCAGGGAGCUGAAGGGGGAGCUCUACUGUCUGCCUUGCCACGACAAGAUGGGUGUCCCCAUCUGUGGAGCCUGUCGGAGACCCAUCGAGGGCCGUGUGGUCAAUGCCAUGGGCAAGCAGUGGCAUGUGGAGCAUCAUGUGUGCACAGUGUGUGAGCGCCCAUUUCAGGGCCACCCAUUUUAUGAGCGAGGUGGUCGUGCCUAUUGUGAAAGACACUUUGACAUGCUGUUUGGAGACGUCUGCUACCACUGCAACCGUGUAAUUGAAGGAGAUGUGGUGUCUGCUCUGAACAAGGCCUGGUGUGUCAACUGUUUUGCCUGCUCCACCUGCAACACCAAGCUCACCCUCAAGGAUAAGUUUGUGGAGGUGGAUCUGAAACCCGUGUGUAAGCACUGCUAUGAGCGCCUGCCGGAUGACAUGAAGCGCCGACUUGCCAAGCGGGAACGUGACUCAAAAGACAAGAAGAAGAAGAAUUUGAUACCCAUGUGUCUGUGAUCCUCUCUUUCUCCUUUCUUCUCAUUUCCACUGUUCUUCCUUUGGAACAAGUUUGUGGAGUUUGAUAUGAAGCCAGUGUGUAAGAAGUGCUAUGAGAAAUUCCCUCUGGAGCUGAAGAAGAGACUGAAGAAACUCUCCGAAACUGUGGCACGCAAGUGAACAAACGGUCGAGCCGCAGGCAGGAGAGAAAGAUGAGACCCUGAGGUGGCCUCACAUGGAAAAAGUCACAUUUCCCGAAGCGACAAUCGUAAAAGAGAUAAGAGAUUAUGUGGUUGAUAUCGUUGGUAUUUUAAAUUUAGGUUGGUUAUUUCUGUGAAAGGCUCAAUUUGUUUGUCCUCUCAGUCACAGCUUUAAAGCACUGAGGAUCAUUUCGUCAGCCUGAAACUGACAGGCUCAGAUUAUUGGAUUCUUGGUUUGACUUGAACCUGUUCAGCUCAGUUACUGCACUGUACUUUAUUCACAUGCUUGCCUUCUUUCACUGCUAUACAUAUAAGUAUAUAUAAACAUAAACACGCCUGACGAAGGUCCUAUAUUUAUAGUAUCAUGAGCUUUAAGAGAACAUUGACACAUGGGAGUAGUAUAUCCCCUUAACGCUGUGUUGACAUGUUGAUCGACAGUUCUCCAACUUAUCUUGAUGCCAAAAAACGUGUCUCCUGUUUGACUCCUGUUACCGUAUGUAACUGAUACUCUUAUAUCAUAUAAAGCCAAAUGUGUAUAUAAUAUUAUAUCUAAUAUGUCAUUUUUUUCACCAACUUGUAUUCUUUUAUGUAUUACUAACUUGUAUUUCCUGUAAUAUGCAAAAUAAGUUUAUUUUUAGCCCUAUAAAAUUUUAAUUUUUUUGCAGCGAUGGUCUGAGGACAUCACUCUGCCUCCUUGAUGCUGCAGUGAUGGACUAAACCAUUAUCUGCACUAUGAUGGAUUGCCUUGUUACAUAUAUGCAUUUUAUAUCUGAAACAAUACAAAACAAGUGGAAAGUGGUAUUUAUAGUGUUACACGUUUAUUAAAUUCAGUUUUAGUUUUAUCCACUGUCAAUUCCAGUAAAUACAUGAGUGUCAAAGAAUAUUAGAAACACCUUUCAAAAGUAAUCCAAUCCAGUUCAACACCCGCUUAGAAAUGAACAACUUCUCUGACACUCUGUCAACAAAUACUGUACUGCGUAGUGACAGCUUUGAUUUUCAUGACAACUGGUAACUAACUGCGUGUGUGGUUGUGUGUUACAACAUGAUAGGCUGUGGUAUGUGCGAGACGUGUGUGUGUGUGUGUGUGUGUGUGUGUGUGUGUGUGUGUGUGUGUGUGUGUGUGUGUGUGUGUGUGUGUGUGUGUGUGUGUGUGUGUGCGUGUGGUUUGUAAUCCAGAGAAAGUGAUCCUCUUAGGAAGGUGUACCGACUUCCUCGGGCCUCAGACCCUCUUAGCAAAGAAAAAACAACUGUUGUGAAUGGGGAAAGAAUCGUUUCCGUAUUUCACUAGGUUCCACUCGAGCUGUAUUUUAUCGUAGAAAAGCUUUUCUAUCGUGUAAAGAAAGACACAUUCCACAAAAACCCACCCAUUUCUCAUAUGUCACAUAGGGGUAACACUUUCCAUCUGAUUGAUUGUUGUGAAGCAGAACGUCAGCUUCAAUAAUAAAGAGUCCAAACUGUAGUUUUAUUUGAUAUCUUACUACCUGGGUGACGGAGAUUACUCUGCCGCUCUUACAUUGUAUUUUAUCUUCACAAUGCUUUUUCAAGAGACAAUGUUUCUCCAUGUAAACACACCAAAGUGCAUGUUUUAUUUUUCAGUAUAUCUAAGUUAAUUCUAUUAUUUCUUCUGAAUAAAUGUUGGUCAAUGCUAAUAUUGUGCACGCAGUUGUGUUUUUGAGUUUCAAUUCCAGAUGCCUGUCAGUGUGUCACAUGACAUUAUGAGCUGGUGAAGGAGUUUCAUAUGUUUAUGGCAGAUUCCCAAUAAGAUUCCUCCAGUCAGUGACCAGCGUACGUGACUGUAGAGAUUGCUGUGAAUAAAUACAUGUAAACAAUCAA